AGCCCAUAGCCACUCCAAGGGGUUAGGGUUACAUUUUUCGAAUAUCAAAUUCUCUCCUCCGACUGUCGAAGCUAUUCACAUUCCACUCAAUAUCAAGUGUGACCUUUGAAAGCACAUCACUCAACGAAGCCUUUAACACCAAUGGCAAAGAGACAGCCGGGGAAAAAGGCGUCCCCCAGUCAUGCCAAGCCACAAAGCAAUAAGAAGCAGGCCGGGACGGGGCACGGCAAAUUAACCUCCUCGACAGUCGCCGCGGACAAGGAUGGCGGCGGCGGACCCGCCGUCGGGACGCCGGACCAGAAGCGCAUCCUGGCCGUCUUCGCCGAGGCGUUCGCCGCGGAGCUGGCCUCGGACGCCUUCGCGCCGGCCCUGCAGGCCAUCAAGCAGGCCCUGUUUGAGCGCGACUUCGACGCCGCCUUUGGCGCCGAGGCCAACCUGCGCGUCUACGCCGCCCGCUACAGCCCCACGAGGGCCCUGUGCUACGCCGACGCGCUGUCGGGCGUCGCCACGCACCUUGACGGCCUGCUGCUGUUGUCCCCACGGCGACCGCCGCCGCUCGAUGGUGCCGACGACGACGACGACGACGACGGGGAGGGUGGCAGCAGCAGCAGCAGCAGCAGCAGCAAGGAUUCCACAGGCGGUGGCGAGCUCAGGGCGCUGGCUAUAGGCGGCGGGGCCGCCGAGGUGGCCGCGCUCGCCGCCUUUCUCCGCCGGCGGCCCGCCGCCUCCGGGUCUGUCGUGCUGCUCGACUCGGGCCCCUGGGGCUCCGUCGUCGACGCCCUCGCGGCCGGCCUCACGAGGCCGCCGACGCUGUCAAAGUACGCCAGCGCCGAGGCCAGGGCCUCUAACCGCGCGCUGGUCGAGCCCUCGCGCUUCAAGACCGCCUUCGUCCGGGCCGACGCCCUCGCGCUGGACGCCGCCGGCUACGGCGCCCUGUUUCCGGGCGCGGCGGGGCAGGAGGCCACCACCACCACCUCCUCCUCACCUCCGUGCCUGGUCACGCUGCUCUUCACCCUCAACGAGCUGUUCACCGGCGGCGGCAUCGGCAAGACGACGGCGUUCCUGCUCAACCUCUCGGCGAGCGUCCCGUCCGGGUCCCUGCUGCUCGUCAUCGACAGCCCCGGCAGCUACUCGGAGGCCGUGGUGGGCAAGGAGUCCAAGCGUUAUCCCAUGAGCUGGCUCCUCAACAAGGUGCUUUCAGAAGCCGAGGAUUGGGAUUGGGUCAAGCUUGAGUCUCACGACUCGCUAUGGUUCCGUCUCCCUACCGGCCUGAGCUAUCCGAUCCCUCUAGAAAACAUGCGCUACCAGCUGCACCUAUAUCGUGUCUCGAAGCCGGUGUGAUCCAAGAGAUAAUGUGUAUUGCAGCGCAGCCUGCGGCAAGAAAUUAUUGCUGCUAUAUUACCUUUCUACUGGAUAUCACUGAAAGAACGUCGCCCCAUGUCAUCGGCGUCUGCACCCAUCAACCCCAGACGCCGCCGCUCCGUCUUCAUUCAAGCCAAAGUCGCCUUAGCCAGUCGAACGAGGUCCAUUACACCUGGGCACCCUACAUAAACCAACCAACCAAGAUGCAGAUCAAGCCCACACGAGCUUCCUGAUCGAAUACCCAAGCUGCUCGAGCAGCCCCGCGUUUCGUUUGGCUUCAGCGGCCGAGAUGAUAUCGCCGCUCUCAAGGAUGCUCUCCCGCUUGGAGCCUGCUGAUAUGGGCGUGUUGAGGGCUAUGAGCCUUUCGAGCUGGGCGCUGAUGCUCACCACCUGCUGAAUUUCAGUGAGGCCGUUACCCCCGCUCGACUCGGCGAGUGAUGAUAGGGAGUAGAGUGCCUUGAGAGCGAUUUUCCUCUCCGCUGGCGGAGCGGGCCGACGGGACAGGAUGCCAGCGAGCCCUACCGGUCCUGGCGCGUCCGGGGCCUUGUCCUUGUCAUCCAUUUUUCCAAAGGACGCCGACAAGGACCGGGUGUUGACGCGGAUGACGUCCUUUGUUGACGGCUUAUAUGUCACCAAGAUUCCCUGGUUUUUUGUCUCGUCCAGCUGCCACGGCGCCGUGGUGGACGUGACGUACGCUCCGAACGUGGCUUUCUUCACGCUCGCUAGCUCGACGCGCUCAAAGGAGGAGACCUUAUCCAGAUUCCAGUCGAACCUGCACAGGUACAUGGCGACGUCGGUGAGGAGGAGGACAGCCUCUUCGAAUGGCUGGGCUGUCAGGCUGUUGGACGUGUGCGGCGUCAGCAUUGUCCAGCCGUCGAUGAACUCCUCUUUCUCGUCAGCCACAACUCUCUUCUGACACAGCUCGAUGGCCUGCUCCCUCAUCCGUUGCAUUGAAACUGCCGGGUCCUGGGACAUCAUGUUGACUUCGAAUUCAUCAAACACCAUGGCGGUGACGUUCCCCAAAAGGAAGUCUAUUGUCGUCUGGACGAAGAAAUCGUUUAUCAUGCUAUUGUUUUCUCUGUUAGAUAAGCCGCUGUAUCGCUUCGUCUCGAACAUAGGAAUGCGCAGGAAGAAAUCCAUAUUGGAACACUCACCCGCUCCACAGGCGGUUGACCGACAGACCAAUGUCUGUCAGCGCCCCGCGGACGUCCCUCUUCUUGGUCCUCGUGUAGUCUCCUUUCAUAGCCGCGGUCGACGCGUACUGUUUCGAGAUGGAGUCGCCGUUGUCUGCCCAUAGCGUGUUGAACCAGGCCGUCUCCUGAUCUCGCUGAGCAGACAUGUCGAAGCCUUGCUGGC